AUGUCUGACGAACGCCGUCCCCGAUCGCGCUUCGACAGCGACGAUGGCGAGCGCCCUGCACGCUCGCGCUUCGAUACAGACCGUCGCUCUAGGUCGCCGUCGCGAAGGGAGUCUGAGUCGCAUCGCGCCCGUAGCCCUGUCGCCCGUGAAGGCACAGACAGCCCUGCAUCGUCCAACUUCAAGAACGACGCUGCUGCGAGGGCGGCGGCUGCGGCUGCCAGGAUCAACGCGCAGAUUCAGGCGAAGAAGGGCAUCCAGCAUGUCGACGUGCCACCUAUUCGCUCUGCCGCUACUCCUCCAGUCGCCAAGUCGCCUGCCUCCAACUCCGCAGCGGCCAUAAACAACGAGACGUACCAGCAGGAUGGUGACUACAUCAAAGAUAUUGAGAUCAAUGAUCUCCGUAACCGCUAUACACUGACCAAAGGAGCUACACAAAAGAGGAUCAAAGACGAGACUGGCGCCGAUGUCACCACUCGCGGAGAAUACUACCCUGACAAGAACAUGGCAACUGCUACUAACCCGCCGCUGUACCUCCGUAUUACUAGCACCUCCAAAGAAGGCCUGGACAAGGCUGUAGAAAUGAUCGAGGAGAUGAUGAAAGAAGACCUUCCUAACCUGGUAGACGAACGUCGCUUCCGUCGUAGGGAGCCCGAGAACUUUGAGCGCGAUGAGUUUGGUCGACGCAAGUGGCCCGAAGAGAAGAUCUCUGUAGGUCUCGAGCCCAUUAGCGGCUUUAACUUGCGCGCACAGGUUGUCGGUCGCGGUGGCGAUAACGUCAAAUUCAUCCAGCAGGAGACAAGCUGCAAGGUCCAGAUCAAGGGUCGCGGUUCUGGUUUCAUGGAACCAAACAGCGGCCAGGAGAGCGACGAGCCCAUGUAUCUUCACAUCGCUGGACCUCCCUUUGACGCGAAUGCUGCACAAGCAUGGAUUGCUUACUACCAGCAAAACCCAGAGGCUGACCCUUAUGCUGCGUAUGGUGGGUAUGCAGCGUAUCUCGCACUUCAACAACAGCAGUACGCUGCGUACUACGGCCAGACUGGUGCUCAGACUGGUUAUGGACAGACACAGUCUCCAGCUCCCGGUGCUGGCGCGGCUGCACCACCUCCGCCACCACCUUCAGAACCUGCUUCUGGCUAUGGCUCUGCUCCGCCGCCGCCUCCACCAGCUGCAUCGCCCUCCAACUACGGAGCGGUCCCCCCACCUCCUGGCUUUCUUGGUGUCCAUGCCUCGGAGCGAAGUCGCUCGGAAUCGUCGCUCGGAGCAUUUGAAAAUGAUGAUUCGUACACGCCACAGGCAAACUACAGGAUGCGGUCGAAUAUACUUCGCGCCGGCCAAGCAGCCAACUGCAGACCUCACCUACUCUCCUCUCUGCGCCAAUCGUCCUUCCAAGCGCGAAGAUGUCUAGCCACGAGCCACGACCCGCCCACUGCCCGUAAUGUCGACCUCGCCUCCCGCACCCCACCCUACGCCAAGUUGCUCUCUCGCCUUGAACAAGUACGGCGCGUACUGGGAUCUUCACGACAAUUGACUUUGGCCGAGAAGAUUCUCUACUCGCAUCUUGAGAGUCCAGAGGAGUCGCUUAUGAACAACACAAAUGGUGGCAGGAACAUCAGAGGUCAGGCAAACUUGAAAUUGAAGCCGGACCGCGUUGCUAUGCAGGAUGCCAGUGCCCAGAUGGCUUUGUUGCAGUUCAUGAGCUGCGGGCUGCCGAGCACGGCGGUCCCUGCUAGUAUACAUUGCGACCACAUGAUAGUAGGAGAAAAAGGCGCUGACACCGAUCUUCCACAAUCGAUUGCGGGUAACAAGGAGGUCUUCGAUUUCCUCGAGUCGGCAGCGAAGAAAUACGGAAUCGAAUUCUGGCCACCAGGCGCUGGUAUCAUCCAUCAGUCUGUGCUGGAGAACUACAGUGCCCCUGGCUUGAUGAUCUUGGGCACAGACAGCCACUCCCCGAAUGCUGGAGGGUUGGGAUCAAUCACAAUCGGUGUCGGUGGUGCGGACGCAGUGGACGCCCUAGUGGAUGCGCCAUGGGAGCUCAAGGCACCCAAAAUUCUGGGUGUGAAGCUCACUGGAGAACUCAGCGGAUGGGCUUCCCCGAAGGACGUAAUCUUGAAGUUGGCUGGCGAGCUUACCGUCCGGGGUGGCACUGGUUUCAUCAUUGAGUACUUCGGACCUGGUGUGCAGUCUUUGAGCUGCACUGGUAUGGCGACUAUUUGCAACAUGGGUGCUGAAGUCGGCGCAACUACCUCGCUCUUCCCCUUCUCUCCUGCACACAUCCCCUAUCUCCAAGCCACACAUCGAGGAUCGAUCGCUGAGGCUGCUCAAAAAAUUGCCAAUUCACCAAUGCAGCAGAACCUCCUCCGUCCCGAUGCGGAAGCCGCUUACGACAAGGUUAUUGAGAUUAACCUCUCAGAACUUGAACCACACAUCAACGGACCAUUUACUCCUGAUCUAUCAACACCUCUUUCGAAGUUCAAGUCAGUAGUGGAAGAGAAGGGGUGGCCACAAACCUUCGGCGCUGGUCUCAUUGGUAGCUGCACGAACAGCUCUUACCAGGACAUGACCCGAUCAGAAGAGAUUGUGAAGCAGGCAUUGGCAGCUGGCCUUAAGCCCAAGGCGGAUUUCUUCAUCACCCCUGGCAGCGAACAAAUCCGUGCAACGUUAGAACGGGAUGAAACCCUCCAGACGUUCACUGAAGCCGGAGGUACUCGUACCGACGACGUAAAGAACGGCGAAUCCAACGCUAUCCUGACCUCAUACAACCGCAACUUCCCCGGUCGUAAUGACGGCAACCGAGCAACAAUGAACUUUCUGGCUUCUCCUGAGCUCAUCACCGCUAUGUCGUACUCUGGCUCCACAACCUUCAACCCAAUGACUGAUUCUAUACCGACGCCAGACGGUAAGCCUUUCAAGUUCACGCCACCAAAGGGCUCUGACCUCCCCUCUGCCGGUUUCGCAGACGGUAAUCCUGACUUCAUGCCUACACCGGGUGUCCCAGACCCUAGCGUAGAUGUUAUUGUCUCACCCACCUCUACCCGCCUGGCGCUCCUGGAUCCGUUCCCAGCAUUCCCUGACUCCGACUUCACAGGCCUAAAGGUACUGUACAAGGUCAAGGGACAAUGCACAACAGACACCAUUUCGGCUGCUGGACCAUGGCUCAAGUACAAGGGCCAUCUGCCCAACAUCUCUGAGAACACACUUAUCGGUGCUGUCAACGCGCAGACAGAUGAGGUCAACGUCGCCUACGACUUAGACGGCAAAACAUCAGGGAUCCCAGAAUUAGCAAAGAGGUGGCGCGAUCAGGGCAUUGAAUGGCUCGUCGUAGCAGAGCACAACUACGGUGAAGGCUCUGCACGUGAACAUGCUGCCUUGCAACCCCGGUACCUUGGUGGUCGUGUCAUCCUCGCCAAAUCCUUCGCCCGUAUCCACGAGACCAACCUCAAGAAGCAGGGUAUCGUCCCUCUGACUUUCGCCAACGAAGCCGACUACGAUGCGUUCGAAGCUUGCGACGAAGUCGCCACAAGGGGAUUGUUGGACGUACUGAAGAGCGGUGGUAAGGGCGAGGUUGACCUUGUCCUCAAGAAGAAGGAUGGUAGCGAGAAGGUUGUCAGGACCAAGCACACUCUGUCGCAAGAUCAGUGCGGCUUUGUGCUUGCUGGUAGCGCACUCAACCUUCUGGCCAGGAAGGGUAGGGAGAUGAAGGAGGAAGUCACUCGGAGUGCCGAGCUAACUGACUGA